CCACGAGUGUUGGACGGCUUCUACGGAGGCUCUGGUUCUGGGCUCCGGCACUUGCACCGAGAGAGGGCGGACCUCGUGCGUCGUGCAAUUCCCGGAGUCCAUUCAAGCUUCACUCCACUCCCUCGCAGCGUCGAGACCCGAUAACGCUCAGCUCUUUCUUUUUUAGCCCCGUGUCCAGCGUAUUCGAAUCUGAAGUCAAGCGCAAGCGAAGGUCGUUAACGAUCGGUAGACGAACUUUCACGCCUUAGAUCCGCGUUGUAGAGAUUGUCAAGUGUUGUGGGUGUUCACGCGAGAAAUCAAAAUUUGGCCUUUCGGAAUUUUGCUAUUGUUACUUGAUUUACAUUUGGGACUUUGGGAAAUUCACGUCAAUACCCGAGAAUCAAGUCCAGUUGGAACUCAAUGCUCUUCCAGCGUAUGAGAUGUCACCACUCUGGUUUCUGCUUUUCAAAUUAGGGUACAGCCAAUCUCGUGCGAUCAGUCUGCUCAGUGCUUGCGCAUUGUCUGUUUAGGACGUGGUGCCCACUUAUUGUUUGCAGCAUUGCCCGACUCAAAUUUCACGUUUCAUUUGCAGCAAGGCUUGCUUCAAAUGAAAUGUGAAGUCUGAGUCGAGGAUUCGGAUUCAGCGGCUUCUCAGUUAAAUAGCUAUCUGUUAUUCUUGGUUUAGCCUUUCCUCUGGUCUAAAUCUCAGCGACUGACCAAGGCUGAAAGAAUAGAGAAGAAUCUCUUAAUAUGGAGACCCAGUGACCAACUGGUGGAUCCAGUCUUAUUCAAUUCAGAGCGCAAGAUAUAUUGGGAGAUUUCGAGAUGAAAGACUUCAGACACAGCGCACUUGAGAUUGUAAGUCUCAGGGAUGAAUAUGAUUUUUGGAGCCGUGUUUCUGGAGAUAGCGCUGAAUCCCCGUUCAGGAAGGAGCUUGCACUCGAGGUUUUACAGGAGUUUGAACCUAUUUUGGUCCAGUUUGAGAAACUGGAGUCUUUAGACAUCGACGAGAUGAUGGAGCUGAUGGAGCUAACUCAGGACUUCCUGGACUCGCUCUGGAGAGUUUGUCGUCACUCGGACGAUGAGAAAGGGUUAGUCGCCGCAUACAGUAAGCAGGGGAUGACGUAUCUUCUACACGUGGUUGGGAAGGCUUUGUUUGAUGCUCUCUGUAAGAUGAUCUCCAAAGUGGACUUAUGGAUGGAUCCAUUUCUGAAGGUAGAGAUGAAAAUCACAGAAGGGUUGAGCUUAUCAAGGAAGUGGGAAGAAGUGAUCCUUGAACUAACAGGCUUGACCUGGACAAGUAGCCGAGAACAUAAAUGGGUCGGGGAUCCCUUUAAAGAUGCACUUAUGGCAACGUUGAGUUCUCGCCUACAAGAGAUACUCAAAAUUCGUGAAGUUCAUGCACGCCGUUCUAAGUUUUUCUCCGAAGACGAAGUAUCUUCUUCAGCAGGACAGCACAUGCUCAACUGCUUUUCCUCACUAGAUGCUUGUGAUUGCUCGGAUGCGGGCCAGAGAGCUUGGAAGACUGCUCUGUUCGAGUACGAGAAGACUAUGCAACCAACUGAAGCUAAAAUUGCCAUGACCUUGAGAGAAAUUUUUUACACUUCGUUGUUGCCUUCGUUGAAGGCAGCCGUUGGAAAGACUUUUGAAGAUCUUACAUGUAGGGCUCGACCACAUCAGAUCAUGGGGGAGAUUCGCAAAUACAAGGAGCUCUUUGGAUCUCCACUUGUGGCCAAGUCUCUUCACGAUGAAUGGGAGAUGAUCUUAGCACUGUUGCAAAAGCACACAGAGAACCUGAAGAUUCAAUUUGAUGAACACCUGGAUGGUCGAACACUCAAUAAUUCUGGAGGGCUGAUGUACCCGUAUUGCAAUUCGAGCAGUAUAGUUGGAAGCCUGUUUUGGCUUCUGCAGCACGAGUCUAAGGUGGAGGAGACCAAAGAAACUGUCUUGGCUGUACUCCCUGUAUUGAAGCCAGGUUCACCAAUUGAGAAUGAUAAUGAUCAGAGUGUUCUAGAAGAACUAAGGAAAUUGCAAGAAGAUUUGACCACACACAAGCAAGAGAAACUCAAGUUUUGGGAAACCAAUGUGCACGACAAGUUAAAUUGUUUGAAGUCGCAGUCAUGUGGAAGAUUGUUGAAAUUUGAUCCCUCUGAUGGUCACGUGGAGAUUACGUUCUGUGACGACUUUGUGGCGCUGAUCCGUGAAACUCGAGAACUGGCAACUCUCGGUUACAACAUCAAUGCUGAUCUAUUGAAGGCUGUGGAAGCAGCGCAAACAUUCCAAAAACAAGGAAUGCUCUUGAAACAAGUUGCCAAUUUUUACAAUGAAAUCUCGACGCUGAUGAUUCCAUGUCAGAAGCUGAUUAUGCUGCAAGAUGCUUUGCGUUUCGAAUCUAUUCUAAAAAAUCCUUGUGACACCUUGGGAAGACCUUUGCUUUGGAACAACACCUCUGCCGUACAGAGCUAUACAGCAAGACUUCAGGAGGUAUCCAGAAGUAUAUCCCAGAAAAAUCGACAGCUGCACAAGCAACAUAGCAAGUUGCUACAAAUUGUGAAGCGGUUGGUUACGUUGGAUCUUCAAAAUUAUCAUGAACAGUGGCUGAGUUGUGUGAAACAAAUGAACACUGUGUUUGAUGAGGCGGAAAGACAGGGAUUCACUAACCUGAAUGACUGGCGCCGCCAUUGGGAUGUUCAGAUUUGCAAAGCAUUGGAGUAUCAAUACAAUCUUGGCCUCAAACAGUUCAGUGCGAACCUUCCAGAGAUCAUCGUUAAAGUGGUAUUUCGUCAGAAGAGUCUGCAGUACGAACCCCCUCUCGAAGAGAUCAGGGCCAAUCACUACAAAGAGAUAAAGAAGUACUUGAGCUUGCCCAUGAGUAUUAGGGGAGUAUCGAAACAACCUGAUCUGUUUCAGCACCUGAUUAUGGAUACUUGUUCGUGUGAUGCAAUGAAAGUUCUCUAUGAGAGUACAGAAGAACUCAUCGCUAGACUCAUGGAAGAGGAGAAAAAGCUAGUUGACACGCUCGUAUUGGGUACAGUAGACUUGGAAGAUUGUGUCAAUUUCCAAGUUAAGGACCUUAAGGAGUGGGAACUCAACUUCAAAGCGUUGAAGUCUCGAACGAAAGAACUGGAGAGGUUUCCUUCAGAAAUCAGAAUCGGAUGCUAUAAACUCGUGACUGAGCCGGCUAAAGUUGCGCUCGAUGAGCAGUUGAGGAGACUGCAUAAAAUACUGUGCGAUUCUUUGAGGAAAAAAGCCAUGCAGGACAUGUCAGAAAUCGAGAGGUUUCUUGCUGAAGGAAACAAGGUUCUGGAAGGAGAAAUACGGUGUGUGGAGGACAUAGUGUCGAUGCAGCAAGCUGUGUCCGACCUUAUAGCUUCAACUCCAAAAAUGCUUGAAUUGCGCCGCAGCUGUGACCAGGAACUGUGCCUGCUGAGGCAAGUCACAGAACACCCAUUAAGCUCGACCGGCCGGACAUCCUCAAUCUCCGCCGAGAGACUCAGCUUCGCCAAUAAUUCCAACAAUUGGGAAACCUUCGUAAUUAAGCUCAGCCAUCACGAGAGCUACCUUUCUGAGGAAGGCGAACGCAUGAAACUGAAGUUGGAGAAAGAGCUACAAGGACUUCGCAAGAGGCUCGAAGAUUUUGCAAUUUUGUGGAAAGAGUGGAGAGCUAAAAUUGUGUGGAAAGGAAAUCUACCUGACACAAUUGCUAGCAUAAGGAAGAAAGAACACAAGCUACAGGAGAUUGAGGGAGUAGUUGAAAAAGCUACAGAAAAGACCAAAAAACUUGGGAUGGAAAUGCCUCAGUUCCCCAUUUUAUCACAUGUCAAACAGGACAUCAAAGCGGAAAUCUAUAAAUGGGAGAAAUUUGGAAUAUUUCUAGAGGAAAUGAAGCGGAUUAGAGAAGAGGAUUGGAAGUCGGCGAAGACUCAUUUGACGUCAUUGGAGGAUUUUGUCUUGAAGUGGGGAACGUUUCUUAGCAACAGUUCCUCCAAGACUGAAGUUGAAAUCAAAAGCGUCCAGGAGUUGGAGCUCUUCAAGAGAUGCUUAGCAAUAUUUCCCUACAUAACGGGUGAAGGAUGGGAUCACCAUCAUUGGCACAAGCUUUUUGUUCUUAUACAGCUCGAAUCUGCGGACUCUAGAAAUCUGCGAGUUGAAGACUUGAAGGUUGGAAAUCUCCUCGAUAGAGUUCAUAAACUAGUUCAACAUGCAGAUGCGAUCAAAGCUCUCAAUGCUCUUGCUGCUGGAGAGGCUAGUGUAAAGGAGGCCCUCCAUCAAACAGUAUUGUGGGGAUUACAGCGUUCAUUCGCGUUGGUGCAAUAUGAACUAACGAAAAGAGAUCUCCAGUCAAUUUUUCUUAUCAGGGAUUGGCAAGAACUACAAGUAGAGGUGGGAGAUCAGCAACUUUUGUUGAGAUCUUUGAAGGAUUCUCCUCACUCAUCAUCAUUCAAAGAUGAUCUAUUAAUAUGGGAAAGGCGACUUGCUGCUCUGCAGCAAUCAUUGCAGCAUUUCAAUAGUGUUCAGAGGAAGUGGAUAUAUCUCGAGCCUAUUUUUGCGAAAGGUGCCUUGCCCUUGGAACAGCCCAGGUUCAACAAAGUGGAUGAGGAGUUCAGGACAAUCAUGAGUUCAAUAACUGUCAACCCCGCUGUCACAAGUUUUAUGGAGAUACCGAGGCUGGAGGAAUCUUUGCUUCAGAUGGACUCCCAGCUUGACAUUUGUCAGCAAGCACUCUUUGCCUUCCUGGAAGAAAAAAGAUCAAGCUUCCCUCGGUUCUACUUCAUCGGAGAUGACGAUCUCCUGGAAAUUUUGGGACAGUCUGAGAGCCCUGCAAUUAUUCAGACUCAUCUUACAAAGAUAUUUUCAGGAGUGAAGACGGUAGAAUUUUCAGGAGACAUGCGAAGGAUAACGGCUGUAGAAAGUCCGGAAGGAGAAGUUAUCAAGCUCAGAUCGCCGGUUCCAAUUUUGGAGGAGGUUGAAACCUGGUUAAGUGAUAUGCAUUCGACAUUGAAGUCAACACUUCGUGAGAGCUUGCAAGAGAAGCUAAGAGGGGGCGACGACAGCAACAAUUAUCCUUGCCAGGUGAUAUCUCUGGCUGGUCAAAUAGAAUUUACAGCGAGAUGCGAAGAAGCACUUCGGAGUAGCAGACUUAUUGCGUUACAGGAGGACUUGAGACUUAAACUUCUGAACUUCACAGAAUCUAGAGGACCUGAUAGGAGGUUCAUGCUCACUUCGGGGAAAGCACUUGUGCUUGAUUUGAUCCAUUCGAUGGAUGUCGUGGAUCACCUUCUUCAAGAAAAUGCUUCUCAGCCCACAGACUGGACCUGGUCGCGCCAGUUACGAUUUUAUUCCUCAGAAAAUGGUGGCGCAACAGUGAAAAUGGCACGAGCUGAAUUUUCAUAUUCAUUUGAGUACUUGGGCCUUUUAUCCAGACUAGUGUACACGCCACUAUCUGAUACCUGCUACCUUGUGCUCACUCAAGGGCUGCGCUUAGGAUAUGGUGGUAACAUAUUUGGCCCAGCGGGCACUGGCAAGACUGAGAGUGUGAAGGCACUUGGACAUUACCUGGGCAGAAAGGUUUUGGUUUUCAAUUGUGACGGAGAUUUCGAUUUCAAAAGUAUGGGCCGAAUCUUCACUGGAAUUCUGAAGUCCGGUACAUGGGGAUGUUUCGAUGAGUUCAACAGACUCGAAGAAGAUGUUUUAUCAGCAGUCUCGCAACAGAUUCAAGUUAUUCAGGUGGCCCUUCGUGAUAAGGUCGAGACAAUUAAAUUUUUGGGAAACAUGGUCAAAGUAGACCAUGAUGCAGCUGUAUUUGUAACAAUGAACCCGAGAUCAAACAAAUAUACCGGGCGCUCAAAGCUUCCAGACAACCUCAAGUCUCUAUUUCGUUCUGUCACAAUGACCUAUCCGAACAUUGAGCUCAUUGCCGAGGUCAACCUCAUCUCAGAGGGUUUCAGAUAUGCAAAAGUUAUCGGUCAGAAACUGAUAGUCGUAUUUUCCUUUGCACAGGAGGUAUUAUCCUCUCAACAUCACUACGACUGGGGAUUGAGAGCAGUAAGGGUUGUGCUAAGCAUGGGUGGAAUUCUACUGGACAAGGAAUCAAAGAAUAAUGCACCAGUGUCUGAAGACGUGGAGAAGCGGUUGAUUGUCCACGCCCUUCUUACCACCACACUACCCAAGCUUAUAACAUCGGAUUGUGGCCGAUUUGAGCAGCUUGUGUUGGAUGUUUUUCAAGAUGUGGACAAAAUGUACAUGGUCGAUCAAAAUCUCGAACGAGCUAUUACAGAUGUGCUGAAGGCAAAGAAACUUCAGGUACUGGAAUCUCAAGUUCAGAAAAUCAUCCAGCUUCACCUAGCUUGCAAUCAGCGAAUAGGUGUUAGCCUCGUUGGACCAUCAGGAACUGGAAAGACUACUGUGUGGCGAGUACUCCAGGCUGCUCUGAGUACUUCAACAAAUCAAAACGUGAAAGUGCAUGUUCUUAAUCCCAAGGCACUUUCAAGACAUCAACUGCUUGGUCAUAUGGAUCUGGACACGCAAAUGUGGUUUGAUGGGGUGCUCACCUGUCUUGCCCGAAAGGUGGCUAAAGAGUCACCGCACCAAAAGUCCUGGAUUGUCUGCGAUGGAGAUGUUGACCCUGAAUGGAUUGAAGCUCUCAAUUCCGUUCUUGACGAUAACCGUGUACUCACGCUCCCGAGUGGGGAGCGCAUACAGUUCGGAUCCAAUGUGAACAUAAUUUUCGAGUGCGAAGAUCUGAGAUUCGCAUCACCAGCAACCGUCAGCAGAACAAGCAUGAUUAUCUUUUGCAGUGAUCUUAUUACCUCAUCCGUACUAGCUGCAAAGUGGUUAUCCUCUCUGGAGGAAGAUGUGAGGGAUGCAGCUAAGAGAUGGGUAGGCUCUUAUUUGGAGAAAGCCCUGGACUGGGUUACUACUCAUGAGUGCGCAAUUCGUACAUCAAAGGUCAGCAUAACGAAAAAUGUUCUCUCACAAUUGGAUGCUGUUACCACGGAGAACGAUUUUUUGCGUGGACUUGCAGUUGGAUUAGGAUCCCUCAUGGAGCCAGCUGUCCGGGCUGAUUUCUACUCAGCCCUCGGGGACUGGUCUGGAUACAGCGUCAAGGCCAGCUCAUGGGCAGAUCUUCCUGAACAUCCACGCUAUGUUGCGGAAACUACAUCACCUGAAGAAACCUCAUAUCUGUCAAUGAUUCCAGUCGAUAGCAUGGCACAAGCUGCAGUAUUGAUCUGGUUGUGGAUUGCCAAAUCCGAGCCUUUCAUACUGGUCGGACCCGAACAAUGUGGUAAAUUCACUUUGCUCACGUACUGUUUUAGCAAGUUGAAGUCCACAACGGUUUUGACUGUACAUUGUAGUGCACAAACAAGUGUUGAUGACAUCGUGGAAAGGCUCAAUCUGGCUUGCAACACCUCCUUAGUAGCGGACGGCACUAAAUUGUGUGUUCCAAAGGAUGGGAAGAAUCUGAUUCUUUUCUUCCGGGGCAUGAAUCUUCUUCAACUGGACAGAUUCAAGUCCAACCAGCUUAUUUCCUUUCUGCAGCAGCUCAUAUCGUAUAAUGGUUUCUAUGAUAAGCAGCUUGACUUUGUUCGGCUGGAAAUGAUUCAGGUAGUUGCAGCGAUUUGCCUUCCUACAUCGAAUGUGGGACACUAUGAACUGCCAAUGAGAUUCACAAGCAUUGUUCGACUGGCUUACAUGUCUUACCCGCCGCGUAGUGAACUUGAGAUGAUAUACGAAACCAUGCUCUCGAGAGUGCUUAAUAUAAUGAAACCCUGCGAUUCUGCGUGGAGUUUGUCUGCUGUUAAGGAUCUCACAGGUAAAAUACUACACAUUUUUGAGGAGUUGAAGGUCUUCAGACUCGAGAACUGUGAAAACAGAAACAAAUUUUCGCCACAUCAUCUAUCAACCUGGAUACAGGGUCUGAAACGCUACAAGCUCAAGGAAGUUAGUGUGUUAGAUGCGCUCUUCCAUGAGGCAGUUUGUGUGUUUCGGGACCAGCUCAGGACGUCGGAAGAAGUGCAAGUUUUUGAGAAGAUAAUGUCCGUUGAAUUCAAGGCUCAGAUGGAUGCAUACCAUUCUGGUCGAGUCUUCACAACUUGGUCGCCAGUCGAAAAGAAAGAUUGCACUUUCCAAAUUGACAGAGAAAAGCUCCUCACUCUCAUGAAAAUUGACGAAUUCCAGGAUUUAGUCGCAGAUUCACUGGCCACAUACCAACAUGACGUGAAGAACUUGACUAUUAUACUCUUUCCUGAGGUUCUGCAGAGGAUUGCUAAAAUGGAUCGAGCUCUGUCAUCGCCUGGUGGACCACUUUUAGUCCUUGGAAGUCACGGUGUUGGGCGACGUUCUUGCCUGUCUCUGGCUGCAUUCAUGCACUCAAUGGAGCUGUUUUCUCCUUCUGUUUCCCGGAGUUACAAUCUACGAUCUUUCCAGAUGGACAUUAAAUCCGUAGUUCAAACUGCUGGCAUCGAAGGCAGACCGAUUGUUUUCUUCUUGGAGGACUACCAGUUGGUAGACUUGUCAUUUCUACACAUUGUGGAUUCCCUUUUGUGCGUUGAGGGUAUUUCUGGUUUGUAUUCAACUGAUGAAUUACAGGUGGUCAUGGCACCGCUCCAGGAACUGAUGGCUCGCGACGGUUUCAAGCACCAAAAUCUGUUGUCCUUCUUUAUAUCCAGAGUUCAGACAAACCUUCAUAUCGUUUUGAGCUUGAAUACCAGACAUCCAGAUCAUGAAGCACGACUCCAGAAGUGUUCAGCCGUUGUCAGCAAGUGCACAAUAUUGCGUGUUGACAGCUGGUCUGAGAAAGGGAUGCUGGAGUUCCUUCAUUCUAGGUUACGAAUGGCCCCGGAACCUGAACUUGAUGGUGAACUAAACAAGAAUCUUGAACAAAUAAUGAUGGAUAUUCACAGAAGUGUUGUGAAAACUCAGGUUUCCGUGAGCUCUAGCCAGUUUGUUGCAUUCGUGGAAGAGUUCACAACUAUGUUUUCGAGAAAGAAAGCAGAUCUAACAUCUCAGAUGUUACAUUUACAGACGGGAUUGAGCAAGCUAGCAGUAGGUGCCUUGCAAGUGGAGCAGUUGUCUCAAGAGGCUGCUGUUCAGGAAAAGCUUUUGGUAGCCAAACAGAGACAGGCUGAGGAAUCACUCCAGAAGAUUACCCAGUCAAUGCAAUCAUUGACUGCAAACAAGGCAGAGGUAGAAAACCUUAAAUCGGGGCUUCAUAACGAGGAAGCUCAAUUACAGGCUCAGAAGGAAAGUGUGGAGGAUGAGUUAAGGAAGGUGCAACCCCAAGUGGAUGCUGCGAGAAAAGCUGUGGGCCAAAUCAAAAGCGACCAUUUGAAUGAAAUUCGGUCUUUGAAAAUACCACCAGACGCUAUAAGAGAUGUACUAGAAGGAGUACUCCGGAUAAUGGGAAACUACGACACAUCUUGGCUCAACAUGAAGAAAUUUCUCGCGUCACGAACGGUCAAGGAGGAGAUCAUGAAUUUUGACGCUCGCAAGGUCAAAAAAGAGCUUUGUAUAGAUGUUCAAAAGCUCAUCAGCAGGAAGUCUUCUUCAUUCGAUCAUGCUACGAUCUAUCACGUCAGCGUUGCUGCUGCCCCUCUAGCAGCUUGGGUGAAGGCAAACCUGCAGUACGCACUUGUAUUGGAUCAAAUCCGACCUUUACAAGAACACAUCAAAGAGCUGACUAAACCUCUGGAAGCUUCAAGGCGGCGUAUACAGCAGUGCGAGCAGGACCUGGAUGGGGUUGAUCUUAAUGUUGCAGCUUUGAAAGCGGAGUUUAGCACUCGCACAGGCGAGGCAGAAGCAUUAAAAUUAAAUCUUCAGAUUGCUACUUCAAAGGUUGCUUCCGCUAAGGAACUUCUAGCGAAACUUAGUGGCGAAAAACUUCGAUGGGAAAAUCACGUCACAGAACUGGAGAAAGAGAUUGCACAGCUUGGAUUCUCUUCUCUUAUGGCAGCAGCUUUCAUAAUAUACUUGGUUCCAGCUUCUGAGGACUAUCGUCAUACUAUGGUCUCACAGUGGCAAACCCUGUAUCAAGGCGGACUCGAAAUUAAGACUCCACGUGCAGCGUACCCAACGACGACAUCUAGAACUGAGUCUGAACCCUUUAGCUUCAGAAGGUUCAUGAGUACUGAAAGUGAGACACUUCUUUGGAAGACAGCAGGGCUUCCUUCGAAUGAAACGACUAUUGAAAGUGCAAUUGCGGUCAAUCACACCAAGAAGUGUCGAUUGAUCGUUGAUCCCUUGGGUCAAGCUGUCCAGUGGCUGAUAAGCUGCUUCGCAACACUGAACACUCCCUUCGAGGUCGUGGGGCAGAAAGAAACUCGUUUUACAACAGCCCUUCAACUUGCAGUGCGUUUUGGGAAAGCAUUGAUUGUUCAAGAUGUGGAUGAAAUUGAGCCCUUGAUGUUCCCUCUACUCAGGAACGAUCUUGAACGCCAGAAUUCCAAAUGGACUGUGAGAGUUGGUGGCAAAGUAGUCGACUUUGACGAGAACUUCCAACUUUAUCUUAUCACUCGACAAUCUCAUUUAACUGUUCCCCCUGACACCCUGUCUCUGUUCUUACAAGCAAACUUCACUGUCACCCAGCCUGGGCUAGAGAAACAGCUGCUAGCUCUCACUCUCCGCAAGGAACGACCGGAUCUCGAAGAGCAAAACAGCAAACUCAUCCAGUCGGAGGAGAAGCUUCGUCUGCAGCUUCUGGAUCUGGAGAAGAAGCUUUUGGAAGAGCUGUCAUCUUCAAAAGGAGAUAUUCUGGAGAAUCAAGUUCUCAUUGAUUCACUCAACGAGACAAAAAUAAAAAGCGCGAACAUCAGCAGAUCUUUGAAAGAUCUCGCUAGUUUGCAAGAGACUCUGAACGCAAAAAGUCGUGUUUUUGAACCUUACGCCAACUUGGGAAGUUUGAUUUUCUUUUUGCUUCAGGACUUGGUCAACCUCAGUCCCAUGUACUGCUUUGGCCUCAGUCUGUACUUCCAGCUCUUUGAAAGGGCACUGAUCUUGACGAGGGAAUCUCGAUCGAUCAGCCGUAAUACCACACCGAGAGGGCGACAUAGUGAAGAUGAAGAGGUGAGUUAUAUCCAGAGUAUGUCUAUGCAGUUGGUGGAGCUUAUGUAUUCCCACGUCUCCAGAUCGUUGUACAAAAAUGAUCGAUUGACAUUUGCAAUGCAUAUGGCUGUGAAUAUAACAUCCAAGGAGAAACCCACACGAGCUGAGCUGACAUAUUUUAUCCAACACCUGGCGACCAAUGAGAUGCUCGUAGACAUGACAUUGUUGGGUACAGAUAGGGGGGGAGUGCCCAGUUGGAUACCGACAUCACGGAUUAAAGCUUACAACUACUUCAAGACUCAUCUUCCUGGACUCUUGCACUCCCUCAACAUGCAGAGUGCUAGGACUUGGACGCCAUGGACACAGAGCAACGUCUGUGAAACUGAGUUUCCGAGUAUAGCAAUGAAUCUGACUUCGUUUCAAAGACUGCUGUUGAUUCAAGCACUUCGUCCGGAGAGACUGGAGCCUGCAAUGCAGUUGUAUGUAGUCUCGGCGUUGGGUCUGAAGACCUUCUUCAGUCCUCCUGUAGAACUGGGCAACUUAUUUUCAGAAGAGACGAUAGCAAGCGUCCCUGUUUUGUUGAUCACAGCACCAGGAGCAGAUCCAUCUCUUGAGCUGGAAGAAUUUGCUGUGCACAAGGUGGGCCAUUCAAAUUAUCACCAGCUGGCCAUGGGACAAGGUCAAGCCCAGGAAGCUCUGAAACUUCUGCAAGAAAGUGCCAAAGUUGGCUCUUGGGUCUGCCUGAAAAAUCUCCAUCUAGUUGUUUCAUGGUUACCGCAGCUGGAAAAGGAAAUACAUCGCUUGAAUCCUCACUCCAACUUCCGCUUGUGGCUCACAACAGAGCCUCAUGAACUGUUCCCACGGAGCCUUCUGGAGGCCACAUUGAAAAUCACAAUCGAGCCUCCCCCAGGGUUGAAAAAUAAGCUUAAAAAAGCUUACGAAGCGUCGAGUCCACAGUUGGCUUUGAGGAAUCCACUUGAGGAGCGCUUACUGUACCUGCUCACCAUAUUGCACGCAGUGGUUCAGGAACGCUGUGCCUUCGUCCCACAGGGAUGGACGAAGUUCUACGAGUUCAGCUUUGCAGACCUUCGAUUCGGUGCGGACUUACUUCGUCUCAUGCUUGACGAGCACCAAUCAGUGCUCUCACAGCCACACUUGCCGCAUUUCCGAGGCUUACUCACCGAUGUGAUCUAUGGUGGACGGGUCGACAACAAAGUUGACAAGGCAGUAUUGAAAGAAUACGUGAGCAGGUACUUUGCACACCGUGUGGUUGACAGCGGUGCUGAUUGCAGCCAGGUGCUGUCAAUCCUCACUGCUGCAACCGAGAUGAAUGUGAAUUCAAGACUUCCCUCGACUCGAGAUACUCCUUUGACAGAAGGCUAUGCAGACUAUGCAGAACACAUCUCAAGCACUGGAGAACUGAACUCACCUGCUGUUCUCGGGUUACCUCCCAACAUCAUCAGCUCCUUGCAGGAAAAGAGUGGUUGCAUGGUGAUAACACAGCUGAAGGCAAUGUCUACCGUCCGUCUGACAGCAGGUAAGGUGGACCAAAAGUCACACCUGAGAGUUCAUCUCUCUCCCUUACUACAGCUCUACAACAGCACCAUGCAACGUGCACUGCUGAGACUUGCUAGAAGCUUGGCAAGUAAGCACGACGGUCAUCGCAAGGACCCUCUGUUCCCCAUCUGCACGUUUUUAGUGCUGGAGUUGGAGACUGCGGAAAGCAUCCUGUUUGCUAUCCAAUUGGUUCUUGCUGCAAUAGUAGACGCCCUGAAACCAGGCACUCAACACAUGUCGCAACGAGUUUCGGAUGAUUGCCAGAGAUUAGUAUCCGGGCAUGUUCCGGAAUGCUGGACUAACAUCUGGGAAGGUCCUGAUGAGCCUUUGGAGUAUCUGAAGGCAGUACUGCAACGGGUAUCAGGAAUUAUCAGGUACGAUGAUUUAAGGUCUUCCAAUGGCCUGCAAGUGGAGGCUCUUGAUCCUUCGACAUUUUUCAACCCACGGGCGUUCCUCAGCGCAGUUUGUCAGCAAGCUGCGUGGAGGUUGCACACGACACUGGACAAACUGAAACUUGUCACUUUGUGGGAUCCAAGUCUUCUGUCCGGGUUCUCUGGCUUAACUCCCAUCACAACCUUGUUACAGAUUGAAGGGGCAACUUUUGAUGGGCAGAGUUUAUCCAAGACUGCUCUAGAGACUCCAACGUUGUCUAUCGUUCCCCGAUGCACAUUUGCUUGGGUGCACGCUGACACUCAGCCUUUUUACAACUCGUUCAUCUCCGUGCCAUUAUACGACAGCCUUGCAAGAUGUAAACUUGUUACAGAUGUCCAGGUCCCAUGCCUUGAGGAAGAGAAGCAGCAGUGGUUACUUGCAGGUAUUGCGUUCUUCUUGCCGCUCAUGAUAAAUACGUAGAUAGAAUUUGGGCAAAUUCAAGUUUGACCAGGUGAACCGAAUAGUCGACAUUCACUCCUGUCUUAUGUGUUGCAUCCAGCACUCUCCACUGGCAUAUCCAAAUUAGUGCCCUUCGAGACUCACACAUUCCAGUUUCAGUCCAGAAGUUCAAAAGAAGUUCAUUCAUUGAUGGACGGAGUUAAAUACUCAAACUUUGAUGCACUUCAAACUGAGCUGAGCUAAUUACCUCUUU